AUGGAUCUCGUUUCCCGCGCCGUCCGGUUCCUCGUCGGCAUGUUGGUACACCUGAGGUCCAUUGCUGAUGCUACUGACAGCGUGCUGGACAUUGGCGUGGUCAACGAGCGGACGUUCGACCUGGAAUGGGUCAACUACUCCAGCGAGCCCUACCUGCUCUCUGCCUUCAUGGACUUCAAAAUUGAGGGCCAGCUGAAGCUGCUCUGGACGACUUGGUGGGGACAGUGCGACGAGAGCGGCGACGAGGUCCGCAUCAUCAAUGAGAAAUGGCCCACCAACGUCGGAGUGGCCACCAACGUGACGGGCAAGACGCACGAUGUGCCCAAGCCCCUUUCUGGCCAGAACAUACAGUAUGGCACUUGUGCAGCAGUGGCCUCCUCCUCUCCGACCCCGACUUCGAACCACUACAGGGACAAGAUCGACAAGGCUACGGUCGAGAGCACGAAGUCCAAUGAGCUCAGCCGGAGAUGCAGACGCCUGAGCCCGCCCGCCUGCAAGUUUCCCAGAGGAGGAUCAGACCACCCAGACGUUGAAAGGGCUCAGUGGUAUCUUUAG